UCGCGAAACGUGUCAGACAGAGCGUGCAUCGCCGACUUCCGUCUACGCAACAGGGCAGGCGUGUGUCCCGAGCGUACAGCAGGACCAACGACCAUGGCAACUGGUGUCAAAGUCGAGGACUCGGUGACUGUGAAACUGGCUGCUCUUUUCGACGCAGGAGGUGGCUCUACGGUGACACUGCUGGCGGGUGAUACGCGACUGGCAGCACACAGGGAGGUCCUGGCUUCCAGGAGCCCAGUGUUUGCCGCCAUGCUCCAGCCCGACACCCUGGAGUCCAGCAGCGGCGAGAUCCCCGUCACUGACGUGGAGGGUCCAGUGCUGAGCCUGCUGCUGGCCUACAUGUACACCCUGCAGGCCCCACAGGUGCCCAGAGUGGCCCCCCAGCUGUUGGCAGCCGCAGACAGGUACGGCUUGUUGGCCCUGAAGGGUGAGUGUGAGAAGCAGUUGGUCGCUCAGCUGGCUGUGGAGACCGCAGCGGCAACAGCGGUGCUCGCCGUGAGGCAUUCGUGCCGAAUCCUCGCGUCAGCGGCAGUCGCCUUCAUAAAGGCCAACUUAGGGGUGAUGGCAACGCAGGGCUGGGCAGACGCAAUGCGUAACGAGCCUGGAGAGUUGAUUGAAGUGAGUCGACUGCUGGCUGAGCCAUCAGAAGAAACCAAUGCACCAGCCACUACAAAGGGAGGACGCACCCCCAGAACUCACUGUCAGUCCCAUAGCAGUGACGGCCAGACUCCUGUCACAGCUGCACUGCAGUUGCCUCCCUGUCACACUUCUCAGAUUGAUAAUGCUCCCAUCUCUCACAUACUGGGCCUUUCUGAAGAAGAGAAGGGCAGGAGGCUGAUCCAGGCAGCUGAGCAGGGUUCAGUGGAGAAGCUCCGACUGCUGCUCAAAGCGGGUGCAGAUGUGGGGGCGGUGGAGGUGUGCAAUAGGACAGCCCUCCACUGUGCACCACAAAGAGGGCACGUGGAAGUGGUGAGGUGCUUGGUCGACAAUGGGGCAGAGGUGGAUGCCAGGAUCACGGUGGCGAUGUACACGCCGCUGCACUUCGCUGCCACAUUUGACCGCGCUGAUAUGGUGAGGCUGCUGGCGGCUUCCGGUGCUGACCUCAAUGCCAGAGACCACCAGGGGAUGACGCCUCUGCACUGGGCGGUAGACUAUGGCCACGCGGAGGUGGUGGCUGCUCUUUUAGAGGCAGGAGCUUCACUGAGGCCAGGGAUGAGAAUGGGGACACCGCACUAGACUGUGCUACACGGGACAAUCAACUGGAGCUCAUACAG